AAUGAAACGGUUGUGGUUUGUAUUAUAUCAAAAAAGUGUGCUUGUGUCUUAACGAUGGGAAAUAACCAUAACCUAAAUACGCUAUUUGUGGUUACUUGCUACUUUGUGACGAUAAUUCUAUCACCGUUAUGUUUAGUUCUUUCUUUGCUGGCAUUGACCGUACGCAUUAUACUAGUGAUAUACUUGAAAAUUACAUAUGGUGAUAAUUAUGUGAGCAUGCUCUCAGGAUUAGAUUCGUUGUGGAUUUUGGGAGAUCCUGAAAAGCUUGCUAUUGACGGUGUUAUAUUCGUUGAGCCAAAAACCCUAACAUUCCAGCAAACACUACAGAGGUGUAAGGGUUUUAUAGCGCGUUCAUUAUUCAGAGAACCCGAAAAAUAUAUGAAGCUGACAAGUACAUUACAUAAAAUAUUUUGCUAUGGAUAUUUGUUGAAAGCCAAGUGUGAUGUCAACGAAAUAUUCAGAACAAUUUACAUUGACGAAAAUAGUGAAAAUUAUUCAAAAUCUCUCGAACAAAUUAUAAGUGAAAAAGCGUAUGAUCCAUUUCCUGAGAACAAUACAUUAUUAUGGAAGGUGACACUUAUUGAUGGAUGUUCAUCCUGGAAGACCAAAAAUAAGAUUGAUAAAAAUGAUAUUGCUAUUUGGAUGAGGUUGCAUCAUUCCGUUGGUGAUGGAGUAUCCAUUAUAUCAUUUUUGAUGAACGAAAUUUUUGAAGGAUCAGCUGAUUUCGACGAAAUUAUGAGACGUAUGAUUAAAUCAAAGAAAUUAAUGCCAAAAAAUUUUUCUUUACAGAGUUUAUUACUGAUGAUACAUUUGACCCUUUUAACACCUGGAUACUAUUUUUUUAGUAGAUUGUACUAUUUUUUCAAAUGGAAAGACGUUGAAGUAUCUCCACUGACAUUUAGCAGAAGGAAUAUCGCAUUCGCUGUGGAUGAUGAGGCUUUUGCUAUAAUCAAAAAAAUUAAAAAUAAAUUUACAGAUGCUGCUUUUGUACAUAUUAUAAAUACUGCAUUUUCAAUGAGUUUACAAAAAUAUUUUGUCGAUAACAAACUAGAAGUACCUAAAGAAACGAUACUUGUAACUCCUGCACAAGUGGAAUCUAUUACCGAUUUUAAAUCGAUUAAGCUGGAAUGUAAUGUUGGAUUUUACUUUCUGCAUUUGCCUAUAAAGUUUCAAUCGCCGUCUCCAUUGGAGAAGUUAAAAUAUGUUAAGGAAAGAUGUACAAAUUCAUUAUUCUCUGUAGGGUUGCAGGCAAGAUACUUCAUGAUGAACUACCUAAGUGGUUAUUUUCCAUCCAUCAUAACCGCUAUAGGGGAGAAUUUGGAAUAUGUCACUCUGUGUCUUAGUAAUUUACCCCCUAUACCUAAACUAUAUGCUUGCAAUGAGUUUGAAGUUAAGAAUAUGUAUUUUGCUCCACCGAAUUUUGCAUAUGUGGCUAUCUCCAGUAAUUUGAUAGUAUAUGAAAAUAAAGUACAUGUCUGCAUUGCAACUGAUGAUGGAAGAUUCUUACCAGAAUUUAAUUCUCAGUUCUUGAAAAAUUUCUUUGACAAUAUUCGAUUAAUGGAUGAAGAAUUGAACAAAUCUUUCUCGAUUUAGCGCAGUAUCAAACGAAAACACAUGACAUCUUCCAAAUAUUUCUCAAUUUCCAACAUUAACAUUUGGAUUAUAGCAACCGCAAAUAUAGUUAUUAUUCAGGACAUCUUUGUAAUAGUUUUUACGUCAAAGUCUACACACUUCAAAUAGCUUAUUAUAUAGACUUGUGGUCACAUACAAACUUUAAAAAUUAUAUUGAUAAACAUAA